AUGCUUCAUGAAGCUCAUGAGCAUGCUCAAGCAGCUUCAACUCUAUUGAACGAGGCUCCUUCACAAGAGUCGCGCAACACUACAAAUACCCGGUUAUUCCCAGGCGACUUUCCUAUCUGCACCGAUUUCAAUGGACCAAUAGCACCGUUUUGUCUCCCUAAGGAUCGUGCAGAUGUUAUAGUUGACGCGACGUACUAUGUCACAUGGAAUGCCGACUUCUACCCUCUGAACGCGUCGAUCACAAUCGAGCUGAGAUACUCGAACUCUUCUCAGGGAGACUCGGCAUUCACAUCUGAAAAGACUGAUAAUAGUUACGGUUAUAUUCCGCUUCAUAUGCAGAAGGAAUGGCUCCAAGGAAAGUCAUACAAUGCUCUGACACUCUACAUCAUCGAGCUGGAUCCUACAUCGGGUAGCCGAGCUAGUGCCCGGGAAGGCCCAACUGUCAUACUUCAUUCUAGGCCGAUUGAACACUACAAGCCUUCUCCUCAGAUACCCUUUAACAGGACAGCUCUUUAUAUCGGACUUCCAGUAAGCCUUGGUGUUGUCAUUGCUGUUGUUGCGGGCCUGGCCUUUGGCAUGCGUAAAAGCAGGAGGCUUGGACUGAGAGACGUCGUGAGUACCCGAGGAAGGGGCUAUGGAAUCGGGAAAUCCAAGAACCAACGCCUUGGGAACAAAAGGGAGAGUAAUGGGCCAGAUUCUCUUGCAGCCUUAAAUAAGUACGCAGAGGAUCUCGGUGAAGGCUUCUCCGAAUUCGAGGGUUCAGAGAAAUCUCACGGACUCGAGCGCAGCGGGAGCUUUGCGUGCAGACAAGAGGUAUCGAGGUUGAAGACAUGGAGCAGUUGA